AGUACAUAGCAUAUACGUCAACCGGUUUUUAUACAAGAUAAUUAACAUUUGACGAAUGAAACCUGCAAAAAACGGUAAUUGCCUUAUCUACAUGAGAGGAUUUUAUUAUUUGUGUAUUUGUGUUUUAAAUGUAGUUUCCAAGAAACCUGACGUAAUUUUACGUUACAUUAGAUUAACUUUAGAUGCAACAGAGGAUAUAAAAGACACCUUUAUUGAUCCAAUUUUAAUGAACACUGUUUUUCAUUAUAACAAUCUCAAGAGCACGUGGACACGAUUGAUAAUGACACGAGGUCGGGUUAAUGGUCAUUUGUGAAGCGCACUUCAUCAUGAUAAUAGUAUCAUAUGCAGUAAAUAUUUGUUUUUAAUGUAUCAAUGUAUUAUUUUGCUUGCUACGCGGAAAUAUUUGCGACAACGUAAAGUAACCGAUAUAAAAGUUAAGUUAGCUUGUAAUUAAGAAAUGCUAUUUGUUUAACAGUUUAAAAAAAGAGGACCUAAUUUCAAGAAUCGCUCUUUUUAUAAAAUAAAACUAAAAAAAAUUGUUCAAUUUUCACUAUAAUGACACGAUUAUGACAAUUAUGAAGGUAUAUCUGAUACAUGUCAGAGUAGCAAUUUGUGUAGACCUAAGUAUACUAAAGAACUAAAGAGACCGGAAAGAACAAAGUGUACUCAGAUAAUAUAAUAGCUAGAACGUGACACAUUAAUUAUAAGAUAUAAUAGUUUACUACAGCUAGAACAACGAAACAGUAAAGUAUGAUGCAAUGUAUUGGAAAUUGCAUGAUAUGCAAUCUUGUCACAUUUUAAUGUACAUGCACAUAUACAUGUAUAUCAGAUAGAAAUAAGCUACAAACAGAUUUUACAUUAAGAAGGAAUUAAUAUUGAUUAUAUUUCUCUUGAGAAAUAUAUUUGUAUAAAUAACCCAUAUAGCACAAAUCUCUAAAAGACUUCUUAAAGAGUUCCAAAAGAGUUCCCAAAUCCUCCAGAACACUUUUAGAAUUCUUUAAGAAAUUUUAGAGAUUUGUGCUUUAUGGGAACGAAAGAGAAGAAUGUAAAAUAUGUCUUGUCCUUAAAAUCUCGGAUUAUGCGAAACUUUCAUUAUUACAUCAUUACACCAUUACCCAAAGAUCUCCAAAGGAUAUCCUGGGGACGUUCUUAGGAUGUAGGGAUGACGUUCUUAGAAUAUCUUUAGAGAGAGAGAGAGAGAGAGAGAGGAUGUUCUGUGGAGAUCUAUGCUGUUUGGGUACUCUUUUAUAUAUAUGUACACAUUACUUUAAUGAAUAUAUACAAUAUGUUAAAAGUCGCGCGAGAUAUAAUUACACAAGAAGUAUCGAUCAACUCAAUUAUCGCAAAAUAGAUAAAUGAAAUAUGGUAAAUAUCAAGACAUUACGUUAUAAUAAUUUUUACUGCUAAUUGUUAAUUUUUUCUGUCGCAUAGAUUACUUUUUUUAAACUGUCGCAUAGAUUUUUUUUUUUCUCUAGUUGUUGGAGAUAUCGAUUCCAACCUUUCAUCGUUCCUCUUCACAUUUUCUGUACAAAGAAAUCAUUGACUAAGAUUGUAUUUCGAUAUUCACUGUCAGUACUAAAAAUAGAUUAUAUUACAUACUAUUAUAGUUUUUCAAUGUUGACGGUUAAUAUCAGAACACCUAAGUAAUAACAGUACAACAUACAUAAAUGAUAAUUAUUCUAUAUCUACAAGUAUAAUGUUCUGGUUUAAUUAGACGAUAGAAGAAAAAACUUAGAGCAUAUUAAUUUAUAUUCAUUUUUAUUCAAUUUUUUCAAUUUCUCAGUUUUGAUAAUAUUUGCAAUAAAUAAAUAAUUAAAAUGAUACCAACGGGUAAAUUAGAAAAUUUAAGAGAUAUUUUGUAAAUAAUUUUUAACUACUCUUUACUAAAUUAUUUUGUCCUUGUCAACUGGUUCUACGAUAUUGUAUCAAUCUACACGUUGUUUGUAAUUUUUAUUCCACAAUAAUGUUGGUAUGUGAUUUAUAAUACUUGGAAGGAAUCAAUGUGCGAGUAUCAGAGUAUAAAGAUAGCGCACAUGCGUUAUCUUUUUGUUCAAGAGAAUGUAUCAGCAGGCGUAAUGAACUCUUAUAGUUAUCGUAUAAUUAUGCUUUUUCUUACGCUUUUAAAAAAAGAUGUCAGAAUUUAAACGAAUUUAUUUUUGUUGUUUUUAUUCAUAUUGUAUUUUUGCAUUAAUUUACACAUAUUAUUCUUUUCGUAUAGAGAUCACUAUUAUAUAUUUAUCGUUUUAUUUCUAAACAGUUUUAAAAUGGUAUAAUUUCUUUAUCUACUAUAAACACGCGCGCGCGCGUGAUCUAAAAAUCGAUUGUUUAUAAGAGCAGAUAAAGAUUAAGGAGAUUUUUUAGAUUGAUUGGACUUGUAAAAUUAGAUAAAUUGGUCAUUGAAAUGUAUGCAGAACACUUCAAAUGAAUAUCGAAUCGGUGAAACAAAAAUUAUAUGUCAGAUUUGAUUUCUGGGUUUAAACCACGUGAAUUCUUUUUUGUCUAAUUCCAUGGAAUUAAUGCGGUUCAAACCCGGAAAUCAAAUCUAAUAUUCAUGGAUAUUGCGAAAGAAUAUAAAAAAUUAUAUAAUUAAUGUAACAUAUUUUUUACUUGGUUACUAUUACUAAUACGCUUACGUGAAUAGAAUUAAUUAUUUCCUCAAUAUGUCAAUCAUUUUAUUCAUUACUUACUUUAUACUGUACUUUAUACUGUACUUUAUACCUGGUCGAGAAUACGUCUUAUGACGUCACACGUAUGAUCCUAGAAUCGAUAAAAAUAUCAAUCUCUAACAGCACAGAUGUCCAGAGGACAUCCAGAGUAUAUCCUGAGGAAGCCCUAAGGACAUUUUUUCGUCUUUAGGACGUCCUCAAGAGAUCUUGUGCUGUCUGGGGUAUUUAUUAAUUAUUAAUUAAUUUACUAUUCCAAAAAAGAGGUUUUCUAAAAAUAUUCUACAUAAAUUCCACAAUGUAACAAUUAUCCACAUAAUGUAUCCUAAGAGUAUAUAUUGUAACAUAAUCAAUAUUUUAUUCUAGAUUAUUAGCGAUCUCCGAGAAAGGAGAAGGGUUGAGAUCCAGUUUGUGCUGUCAAAGUGGGGAUUCGAGCGAGAUAGAGAAAGGAAGAAAAACGUGAACCUGGGUCUUGGAGUCAGUAUUCUAUCCUCAGUCGUGAACAGUCUGCCUUCUGCCUUCCCGUCACUUUUAGGCAUUCAAGUAUUAAGCUGCGUGCUACGCUGCUCGACGUUAGGGCGGCAAAUGAGCGUUCAAACAUAAUCAGCUCUUUCUCUAUCAUCUGAACUGAGUUCAUACAGUGUGCAGCGAUGGAGGUAUUGAUGCACGAAGCGAGUAAUCAACAGGAAACGAGUACAAACACGCCGAUUUGUACAGUCGAUUCUAAAUCCAUACCCAAAGAAAAACAGGAGGAUAUCGGCGAGUUGGCCCAUAUUGGGACGCACGAUAAUGGCAGGGAAUCAAUCGAUAUGAUCUUUGAGGAUAUCACUUAUACUGUAAAACUCGGUUGUAAAAAAGGACAUAAAGAAAUAUUGCAUGAAAUUAAUGGAAGACUUCCGAGCAAACAGUUGAUUGCCUUGAUGGGACCGUCUGGAGCGGGAAAAUCCACAUUACUUGAUAUCCUUUCUGGUUUCCGUAUAACCGGAGUAGAUGGCGUAGUAUUUGUUAAUGGCCGUGUUCGGCACCUUGACACUUUUCGCAAAUGCAGUGCGUAUAUCACACAAGACGAUCGACUAGAACCUCUGCUUACCGUGCUCGAGAACAUGAGAGUCGCUUCUGAUUUAAAACUGCCAACAAAUACGCCGCGAUAUAAAAAAGAAAUGAUCAUCGAAGAGAUUCUCACGACACUUGGCUUGUACGAACACAUGAAUACGAGAGCUAGUAGUUUGAGUGGCGGUCAAAAGAAGCGGCUGUCCAUUGCAUUGGAGUUGGUCAACAAUCCCACGGUGAUGUUCCUUGAUGAACCUACCACAGGUUUGGACAGUUCGUCAUGUAUGCAAGUUAUAAAUUUGCUAAAAAUACUUGCGCGACAAGGAAGGACAAUAGUUUGUACUAUUCAUCAGCCUAGUGCGUCUCUUUUUCAACUAUUCGACCUGGUAUAUGUAUUAUCAAAAGGAGAUUGUCUUUACCAAGGAGCAACACACAAAUUAGUGCCAUACUUAGAAAGCAUAAAACUGCCAUGUCCUAUGUAUCAUAAUCCCGCAGAUUAUAUAAUCGAACUUGCCUGCGGAGAAUAUGGUGAAGAUAAAAUCGAGACUUUAAUAACGGCGUCGCAAAAUGGAAGAAACUUGCAAUGGUUCGACAAUCCGAAAGCUCUGAAAGAUGCAAAAAGUUUAAGAGCGGCACAUCCUUUAAGAAAUUCAAACACAGUGGAAAAGAACAGUGCCUUACAUGCAACAAAUUUUUCUCACCAAUUGAAAAUCUUGUUGCGGAGAGGUUUUAUUAUGUGCAAACGAGAUACGACACUGACACACUUGCGCAUUGGAGUUAAUAUAAUCGUCGGCAUUAUGCUUGGAUUAGUUUUUUUGCGAUCCGGCGCAGAUGGCUCGCGCGUCUUGGAUAAUUACAAUCUCCUUUUUUCUAUUCUCAUACAUCACAUGAUGACAACGAUGAUGCUUACCGUAGUGACCUUUCCAAUGCAGAUGUCCAUCCUCAUUAAAGAACAUUUCAAUCGAUGGUACAGCUUGAAAGCAUUUUAUACAGCGUUAACGUUGAUUGAUCUGCCAAUUUCGAUAGUGUGCUGUAUACUUUUCUCAGUAAUUGUGUACUUCAUAUCAGCGCAACCGUUGGAAAUCAUACGAUUUUCCAUGUUUUUGACCAUUAGUUUAUUAAUAAUGUUCAUAGGCCAAGGUACUGGUCUUAUGAUAGGCGCUGUAUUUAAUGUAGUGAAUGGUACGUUCGUGGGACCAACAUUAUCGGUACCAUUAAUGAUGUUCGCUGGAUUCGGUGUGUCUUUACGUGAUUUACCAUCAUAUCUCAAGUGGGGUGCUUACAUCAGUUAUUUAAGAUACGGUCUAGAGGGAUUCGUUGGAGCAAUCUAUGGACUGGACAGGCCCAUUUUGGAUUGCAAAGAAAAGGGUGAAUUGUACUGUCAUUAUAGAUACCCUAAAAAGUUCUUGUCAGACAUUGCAAUGAACGGCGAUCAAUUCUGGAAUGAUAUUAUUGCGCUUUCUGCGUUUUUUAUUAUUACUCGAUGUGGCGCUUAUCUACUUUUACGAUGGAAGCUCAUGUCAUUGCGAUAA